AUGGGAGCAGCCAAUGUGACCGCUGCUGUAGUUGAAUUGUGCCUAAAGCUUUUGGACGCCAAGUGGACAAAAACUAAAAAGCAGCACUCUGAGCUGUGUGCUGACUACGGAGACAAGCUCGAAAAGCACGAGUACGUUACCAACGAUUUCAUAAGCGAAAUCGAAGCAUUGUACGUCCAACAACGGGCAACAUUUAUGGACUUGGGCAAGGCGCUGGGCGCAUCCGCUCCGGCCCAAGCCACGAAGCCCCCAACCGUCGAUCUGUCUGUGCAGCGCACCACGUUGCCCCAGAUUCCGCUGCCGGAGUUCUCGGGAAGAUUUGAGGAUUGGCCCACUUACCGAGACCUGUUCGAAUCGUUGGUAAUUGAUGAGAAAUCCCUGUCGAACAUAAAGAAGUUCCAAUACCUGAAGAGCAGCGUAAAGGGUGAUGCCCUGCAAUUGAUCACGAGCCUUCCAGUCACAGCAGACAACUUUAUCCGCGUCUGGGCGACGUUAAAUGACCAUUAUGAGAACAAGCGGCUGCUGCUCAAAUCGUAUCUCAAUGCGUUUACCUCGCUUCAGAAGAUGAAAUCGGAGUCCGUCGCUGACCUCAAGCAAAAUAUGUAA